AUGUGCAGAAAGUUCACUUCACGUUUCAACAUGGCGGAAGCAAACUCCAAAGGAAAGUCGCCCAAAAAAUCGCGUGGAUACUCAUGGAAAGAGGAAGAUGUAAAGGAAUUAAUUCAAAUAAUGCAAGAAGAGACAGUUAUGUUUAGUCUGGAUAAUGCGAAGACGCCAAAGGAGAAAAGGGCCGCUUACAAAACUGUUCAAGUACAGAUGCAAAAGAAAGGUAAGCUGAUCGAUGUUUAUGCCCCAGGGGUUUAUGCGAAAGGUUUUCAAUGAAAAACUAGUUAGAUCGAAAUUAGUACUUUCCAUUUGUAACAGGGACUCUUCAAAUUUCAUCGUGAUGCUAGUUAAGGUACUGGAUGUUAUUUUCGCUCGCCAUUUCGUAUGUCAGAUAAUGCAAGCCUUGAUGAAGAGAAGUGUUUGUUGUAGAAUACCUGGCAACUUAGCCUCUUUGUUUUGUAGGUAUUAAUAUCAGUUUAGAUGCCAUCAUUAACAAAUGGAAAAAGCUGAGACAGCAGUACAAACAACAUCACGAUAAGCAAAAAAGAAGUGGCACUGAACGUCAGAAAAAAUGGAAGUUUUUUGAUGAGAUGGAUCAAGCAUGUGGUCACAGGGACACAUCUUCGCCUGCAUGCCUUAUUGAUUCAAGUGCACCUGCUGAAAGUACAGGUUUGUUUCAUCAUCAUCAUCAUCAUCAUCAUCAUCAUCAUCAUGUUCGCCAGUCACUACAGCCUGAAGUAACAUCAUCAUUUACCAAAAUUAACAAGAUUUUGAUUUGUAAUGCUGACAGAAGUGGUAGCUCAGUAUGUUACUGUCUUACAAACUUUUACUAAAUGCAACUUUGGAAUCACAUAAUUUUCUUGUACUUCCCCUGUUUACCUUACCUUCUCUGUGUUCGUAAUUGUUUUGUUCCCCUGUUAAGAUUUGGAUAGCGGAACAGAAGGGAACAUUGAGGACGAAACCAACGUCGAAUCUGGUGAUGAAGCUGACAAUGAAGAGUUGAGCUCAAAUUCAAAAGGCAGUGUUGAGGGAAGCAGUGGGGCAAGAGAGGAAAGACUAAGUGGGGCAAAAAAACCCAAAUUGGAGAUGGAAGCGGAAGCAAAAACUGAUACGAAAAAAAACAAAGUUGUCAAGAAAGGCAAAAUGACCAGAUUUGAGAAAUCGUUUGCAGUGUUAACCGAGAGCUUCAAAACUGCCGCUGAACAGGAGAUGGACAUGCUUGUAAAGCUUGAGAACAUGCGCCAAAAAGAAAUGUUGGUGCACGAAAUACGGCUGAAAGAAUUAGAGAAUGAGCGUCGCAGGGAGGAGCGACAACAUGAGCUGAUGUUGGUUAAUCUUUUAAGCCAAAAUAGAAAUUCAUUUCAAAGAAUGGAUUUCUAUGAAGGAAGCAACCCUGUCCACAGUGGCAGUGAGAGCAGCUUUUAUGAAAUGUAA